GAUGUGACUUUGCAGCUAUCAGAUUAAAUCUACCUAAUUCCUCCAACUAUGCUCCUUGAUUGUAGUUGCUUUCUUCGAUCCAGGCAAAGAGAUAAUCCACAUUUUAAUCUGCUGAUCCUGCUUGAGUAAUUGUCUCCAUGAUUCUAGGGAGGAGGAAACUGCCAGGAAAUUUAAGAGCUGAAAUUAAUGCUUCGUUCAAACAUUGAUUUCUUCAUUCACUUUCCUCUCUGUUCGCUCCUCUUUAUAAAGCCUUCCUCCGUGUCUCUGUUCUUCCAACCAAACUUGCUUCCGUUCAUGGAAGAGGAAGAAGAAGAAGAAGAAGAAUGCAACACGAGGCUCGCGCUUGGGAUCGGAGACUAUGGAUUGAAGAGUAAUGCUAGAGAUUCUACCAGUACGCUUCAUUUUGAUGCUCUGUUUCCGAUUCAAUUUAAAGAAGAACAGGAAGAGUUGGAUGAAGGUGUCAGUGGAAAGGAAACCAGCAACUGCAGCAGUGAGAGACAUUCAGUCGGCGCGAGGAAGAAGCUUAAGCUCACAAGGGAGCAAGUCAUGCUGCUCGAAGAAAGCUUUAGCCAGCACAGCACUCUCAAUACGAAGCAAAAGCAGGAACUGGGCGAGCGGCUGGGCAUUCAGCCGCGGCAAGUGGAGGUGUGGUUUCAGAACAGGAGAGCGAGGACGAAGACGAAGCGGAUGGAGGUGGAUUACGAGUACUUGAAGAGGAGCUGCGAGAUGCUGAACGAGGAGAACCGGAGGUUGAAGAAGGAGCUGAUGCAGCUGGUGAAGUCGACGACGAUGACCGUGUCGGUGUGUUCGUCGUGUGAGAGGAUGGCCGGCGCCAGGAAAAGCGUGGUGGUGGAUGGCCUGAUUCUCCGCCGGCGAACUUAACUGACGACUAUAUAAUUUAAUAUUUUUAAUUAUUAUCUGUUGGAAUUAUAUAUAAGCAAAAAUAAAUAUUAAUUAGUGUGUGUGUGUUUAAUUGAAAUUAUGUAGAUAUAAUGAUUUUUUUUAUAUAUAAAAUAAAUCAAAACAACACUUCUAA